AUGAACUCCUCUUUGAUCCCUUUCGCGUGUAAUGAAACGUUCGAGCCGGGUUUUGAGGUCUUAAAGUAUUUGGCGACUUUGUGCUACUUGGGACCAGGUCUCUACCUCCAUGUCUCUAUACUAUGGACGAUUGUCUCCAGGAAAACGCGGAAACUAUUCGGCGACAACUCGUUUUUUCGAAUCUACGCCACAGAUUCGAUCGCGAGCUCGUUGCUGAUCCUCGACGACAUCGUUUUCAACCGCUUCUUCCUCUACAUCCCUCCCCUCUGCCCGCUAGUCGGUCCGUUCUUCUGGAGCCCCUCGCUCAUCAUGAAAAUCGCCUACCAAAUCCUUCACCACUCGCGAUUCGCCAAAUCUGUCGCUCAAAUAUUUCUGGUGCUCAACAGAAUGACGUGUGUUUUGAUGCCAGAAGGGUAUACUCGGGUGGGUGAGCCAAUAGAGCGUAAAGCGUGCGCUGAACUUUAUAUUAGAUUUGGCGAACUUUCACUCCGAUCGCCUGCUGUCUCGUGGCAAUUCUGCCGUUCGGUGGCACCUGGAACAUUCUGAUCUCGAGGAACUUUGGCCAUCCGGUCUUCGGCGGCUUCACCAUUGAUUACAUCAAAGCGGUGCCUUGGGUGAGCGUACAGAAAUGCCGAAAAAGUGCCCAAGAACUCGUGCGGUCCCUUCCAGGCCGCCCUGUCGCUGUUCCAGUCGAUUUACAUCCUGACGGCUCUGUUCUUCACCGUAAUCUGCACUUCCAUAACCCUUUACAAACUGAUUUUCCUGCCGGAUCGCAUAAAAUCCGCCGAAAAAUCUCUCUGUUUCACCUCCAUCUUCAUCUCCUCCACUUUUCUCCUCGUCGCUGGAACUCAGGUACGUUGUGGUCCCUUGAAACUGCAAAGUUUGAACUUUCUUUACAGCUUACAUACGCUCUCUGCCGAGAAUGUCGUGUGGACCUAUUGUACGUUUUACAGUUUCUCGCUUUUGAUACAUUCACCGUUGGGUUCGUUUUUAUAAUUUGAAAUUUCGCACUUGAGUGUGUGACUUGACUUUUCAGGUCGGCAGCUAUAAUGAUACUGACCAAUUGCCAGUUGAGGAAAUCUAUUUUUUCAAGGGAGCGAAAGAGUAGUAGUAGAAGCAUUGCAGUUUUGAAUAACUCUAGUCUAUAAUUACCGUUUCACUUGCAUUAUAAGUUGAAGGCAGCAAAGUUGUGAUCGUUCUGACGGGUAUAGCAGACUUGCCAGAAUUCGGGUCGGCCCGGUUCAAAAGGCGGGAAUUCAAAUUUUCGCGGAAAUUUUUUUUUCGUUAUUACAAAAACAAUUUUCGAACUAAAGUUUUAGUGUUUUUUUUUUGUUUUUAUUCACUCAGAUCUCACUGAGUUUUUUCAAAAAGUUUUUCUUUUUAUUCAAAUUUUGUAAAACCGAUUGCCGAUUUGUGAGAAGGAGCUUCAAAAGCUAGUUAAACAAAAAGAUCCUCGAGUGAUCUUUGUAAGUUUAUGUGGAAAUUGAAAAUAAUUCAAAACAUAAUUUUCAUGGUGAAGCUUUCCGGAAGGAGUCAGUGUUGCUUGUGCUAUUCCGACGAGAUGCUGACGAAGAUUUCAAAGAGACUGGAAAAGCAGUUUGCACUAACUGUUUCCAAUUACUCGCCGCCUUUUUGCUAUUAUGAAUUUUUUAUGAGAAAUACAUUUGUUUUUCAAUGUUCGAUGCUUGCAAAAAACCCCUAAUUCUACAAAAAAUGGCUUCAUGCGAUCAAUAAUUCAAAUUUUGAAUUCCCGCUUUUUGAACCGGGCCGGGCCGGGCCGGGCCGGAGUUUUGGAAAUUUCGGCCCGGCCCGGCCCGGCCCGUGGCAACUAUGGGUAUAAGUCUAUCACCAAUUGCUUUGUUAGACACUAACUAUUUGAAACUUUAUAAUGCCGCGUCGAAAGUCUCGGAAAAACCGCAGCUUUUUCUGUCCAAAGUCGGCCGAAAUUUGCGUGAAAAACGGGGGUGCGCACAGCUCAAUGAAUGUAACCGUACCCCUAAAACUACGGUAUUUUUUUUUUUAAAUUUGUUAAUUUCUUGAGGAUAUUUGAAAAUAUUCCAUUUUCUUGCGCAAAUUUUCAAAAAAUACCGUACCUUUAGGGGUACGGUUACAUUCAUUGAGCUGUGCGCACGCCCGUUUUUCACGCAAAUUUCGGCCGACUUUGGGCAGAAAAACCAGCGGUUUUUACGGUUUUUCCGAGACAUUGGACGCGGCAUAAGGCAAAUUGAGACAUUUUCAACUUUAAACGUGUUCGGGGAGCUCAGCGCAUAAAGUUAAAGUGAUAAUCAAACUUUUCAAGUGUCACACUUCAUUUGUCUAGUUGUCACAUAAAAUCCUAAAGUUUGUUGACCUACAAUACUUGUCCAAUAUAUCAAAAGUUGAUCGUUUCAAUGUGCCAACUGAUCAUUGCCAUUCUUGUCAUUCACUACAUAUAAUUACGGCUUCCACACACUUCCCCUCCCCCCCCAAAUCACCUGUUUCUCUCUCUCUUCUUUCCUCUCCUAUGAGCCUCAACUUCUCUUCUUCGUCCGAUUCAAUCGAGUUUCCGUGUAAUACUGGCUACGAUGCGACGAUUGAAAUAUUAAAGUACGUUGGAAGUGUCGCCUACUUAUUCCCAGGCCUUUUGCUCCACAUCUUCAUACUGAAAACAGUGGUGUCUGGAGAGAAACAGGCGUUUCGGGACAGCACGUUUUUUCGGAUUUAUGCCACGGAUUCGAUUGCGGUAUGAGACGAAUUUGCAUAGUUAGAAACUGAAUGGAAAUGAACAGAGGGAAACUGUAAUUGUAUGUAGAUACUGUACAUUCAAAGCAGUGUGUCUCGGCUAUCGGUUGAGAUAUCAAAAAGCGGUCAACUAAUAAAAUACUUAUCUUGAAAUUGUGUACAUUUUGUCAGUUGUCAAAAUUGUGAUAUCUGUACAGACAGCCGAGAUACAUGGCUUUUGAUACAAUUUUUCACAUUUUCUGUUUCAAAGAUGUCACAAAUGUUCAUUUUCUUCUGACCAAUGUAAUUGUUGACACUCUACUUGCUACUGUCAAAACAUUUCCAGAGCAUCGUGGCCAUCUGCGUGGACUUGUUCUUCGGCCGUCUCUUCCUCUUCGUCUCUCCCCUCUGCCCGAUCGUCAGUCCGUUCUUCUACCGUCCCUCAAUCCUCCUCAAAACCAUCUAUUACCUGUCAAUCCACGCGCGUCUCUCCCAAUGCAUCGCUCAAAUAUUUCUCGUCCUCAAUCGAAUGUCCUGCAUCGUUUUUCCGACCGAUUAUAAUCGAGUGAGCGCAUUUCAGUGAGCCCACACACUUUUUUGUUGAUAAUAUUCAGGUCUGGAAGACAGUGACACCCAUUUCAAUGGGACUGAUCGCUUUGGGACCAUUCACAAGCACGUGGAAUACAAUCAUUUCGCGGCAGUACGUCGGGCCGCUUUACGGCGGAUUUGCGGUGAAUUACAUUAAAGCUGUGCAGUGGGUGAGUACUGUUUCAGCAACAUUUUUUGGUAUUUUUUUUUUAAAUUUUAGGCCGCCAUCUCUCUGUUCCAGUCGAUCUACAUCCUGACUGCACUGUUCUUCACCGUAAUCUGCUCUUCCAUAACCCUCUACAAACUGAUUUUUCUGCCCGACCGCAUAAAAUCCGCCGAAAGAUCGCUUUGUUUCACCUCCAUCUACAUCUCCUUCUCUUUUCUCCUCGUCGCCGCAACUCAGGUCAGUUUCAACAAGUUUUCCGCCAGAAAAUGUCAUGUUUUCCCCAGUUGCUAUACGUUUUUUGCGACUAUUGUCGGGCUCAAGCGUUUCUGUUCGUUCUCAACCUGGUCACGUUUGAUUGCUUCACUGUUGGGUACGUUUAUCAACUUUUUGAGAAGAAUAACGCAUUGUUUAAUGUUCAGCGGCUCUGUGAUAAUGGUGGCGACGAAUUCAACGCUUAGACAGUGCCUGAAAGAGUUCUGGAAGAGACCAUUCUCGAAGAGGAUUACUUUAGUUGUUCCUGCGUCGCAAACGAAUAAUUUCUCGUCGGGUUGAAUGGAUAUUAUUGGGCUUGUGCUUCACUUAUAAACUUUUACAGUUUCACAUUGCUCUGAAAUUCAAUUUCAACUUUACUAAACAAUAUGUUCUUAGGUAGCAGAAAGUUCUAAAAAAUGCAAUUCGCUGAAAAAUAGCUUCCAUUUCUGAGUCAAAUUUAUCAUUUAGGAGCCCAACCUUUAAAAUAGUGUUCAAAAGUCCCUUGAGUUUGGCACAUUGGGUAAAACCUGAGACCGUAUAUCUUGAGAACCAAUCAUGAUUUCAGAAAGUUGUCAACAGAAAAGUUGUUGAAAAUUUUGUGCUCUACAACUUUGCAGUUGAUCAUUUUAUCUAAAAAUGUGUAAUUAUUGAGUUAUAAUCGGUUUUCCAAGAUGAUCGCAUUCCAGAGUGUAACUUCUGAAUCGGCACGUUUCGCUUGUCUCCAAUUACGUCUUUUUCGUCAGUCACCCCAUAAUUUUAUGCAAUUUCCGGCUGUUAGUCCUACUUCCUUCUGGCCAGGCCGUCAACUCACGCAUUCGCUUCUAAUUUCGUUUUUCUCUCGGCGCCGACACAUUUAACAAUGUAGUGGAGUCCGGAAUUUCACCUGUCCUCUAUUAUACUCUUUGAUCCGGAUCUCUCUCUCUCUCUUCUUAUUUCGUAAACAUGAACGGAACCGACUCGAUUCCUUUUCAAUGUAAUCAAUCUGUCGACUCGAAAAUCGAAAUUCUCAAGUAUGUGGGCACAAUUUGCUACAUGGUACCCGGAUUUAUAAUACAUUUUCUCAUCCUGAAGACUAUUUUGGUGACGCAAAAAAAGUAUUUCAAGGAGAAAUCGUUUUUUACAAUCUAUGCGGCGGAUUCCAUUGCGGUAAAUGUUUUACUGUUUCGAGACUACCCCACUGAAUAAGCGCAUUUGUCAAAAAAUUUAUAAAUUCUGGAAUAUUGAAUUUUAUUGAUUUUUCUGUUAAUAAGGACAGUUUGAAACUAUAACUUUUGGAAAGUUUUCUUCGAAUUUAAAGAAUUGUACAUUGUACCUGUGUCUAAAUGCACUUGACACUAUAAUUAUGAGCAAUUUGGACUCUGACAAGCAUAUAUUAUCUUUUUUUUUGGGAAAAUCUUCAAAGUGAACUGUGAUUGCUGUUUAAACUCAACUACCGUGUACAUUCAAUACGGUAUAUCUCGGCUGAUAAUAGAGAUAUCAAAAAGUGGUCAACUAAUAAAAUGUUUAUGAAGACAUUUUGUACAUUUUAUUAGUUGAUAAUGUUUUGAUAUCUCUACAGACAACUGAGAUAUCCUGCCGAGAAAAAGCGGCGUUGGAGCUCUUUGGCCUAUCCUCAUUUUUCCCGUUCCAGAGUCUAAUUCUAAUCUUCCUGGACGUCUUCUUCGGCCGUCUCUUCCUCUACGUCCCUCCUCUGUGUCCCAUAGUUGGUCCCUACUUCUGGACGCCCUCGAUCCUUCUAAGAUUAUACUAUUGCGCUGAAAGUCACGCGAGAUUCGCGAAAUCUGUCGCUCAAAUCUUCAUGGUGCUCAACCGAAUGACGUGUGUUCUCGUGCCCACUUAUUAUAGCCAUGUGAGAAAGAGGUUAUGAAGCGGAAAGAGUAAUUUUGAAGAUUUUCAGAUUUGGCGCACUUUUACCCCUAUUUCUCUGGUUAUUAUCGUCGUUUUACCAUUCGGAGGCACUUGGAGCUCACUCAUCUCUCCGCGAUUCUUUGCAAUUCCCGCGUCCGGCGGGUUCGCAGUAAUCUACACCCGAGUAGUGUCUUGGGUAGUAAGCAAAUGCGCUCCAAUGCAAACCAGAACCUUCCAGGCCCCUCUAUCGCUGUUCCAGUCGAUCUACAUCCUGACUGCACUGUUCUUCACCGCAAUCUGCUCUUCCAUAACCCUCUACAAACUGAUUUUUCUGCCGGAUCGCAUAAAAUCCGCCGAAAAAUCUCUCUGUUUCACCUCCAUCUUCAUCUCCUCCACUUUUCUCCUCGUCGCCGGAACUCAGGUCAGUUUCAGCGAGUUCUUCUCCAAUUUUCCAUUUUUCAGCUCACUUAUGUCUUCUGCUCUGCGUGCCAAAAAUCCGAUUUUCUGUAUAAUGCUCAAUUUCUGGCGUUUGACACGUUAACUGUGGGGUAGGACGGAAAAUGAGUUGAUUGGAUAAAAAGUACGGAUAUUGUAGGUCGGGUGUGAUAAUGCUAUUGACGAAUAGCCAACUCAAAGUGUCGAUUUGCUCGUCAAAAACCGACGGCCAACGGGUUUUUCAACUUUCGAGCAAUAAAUCGGUGUCACACACUGGAAAUUGA